UAGCAUAUUUGCUCUAAUAAAUGAACUAAACUACAAGCCGUUUAGUGUUUCUAGUGCUAUGAGAACUUAAAAGUUAGCUUUUUAUUGUGUAAUUUGACGUAUUUGAAGGACCAUGUACUCCGGCAGAGAUGCCGCAAAUACUGCGUAUCCCACGCAGUGGGCUUUGAAUCCCACUGCGUAUCAAAAUGUUGAUACUAGUCACGUUGACUGGGCUGCUUUAGCUCAACAAUGGAUUGCUAUGAAGGAAGCGGCGGCGAUCGUGGCCGCGCCGCCGCCUCCGACCAUCAGGGCCGAGGAAGAGGGCGAAGCGCCGAUGGAGGUGGAAAACCCGGAUAACAAUUCGGAUGGGCCUGCCGGCGCCGAGUGGAACUCAGCAACAAAUUCGUGGUCAGGCACUUGGAACCAAUGGGGUUGGGGCUGGUCAGGCUCAGGGCCAGAGCCCAAAAUACCCCCAGACCCUACUAUAGGUUUGCAACCUAUUGUAGAUGGAUACACCGUGCCGGGAGACGCAGCUGCACCAAUUCCCGGCUACACAACGGGCGCGCCGGCACCAACAUUCCAACAUGGCUACUGGACCGCGCCUCAGGUGGAGCAAGCCAACAACAGCCGAGGCAGCAGUUCCAGUCGCGAUCGACGAUCCAAGAGCAAGAAUAGAGACCAUAAACCUUCUAGAAGUUCAAGAUCACAGAGAGAAAAAGCCCCUGUGAUAGCGCCGGUGAUCGAACCUAUAGUGAUGCCCACAGCUAUACCGUCGUCUACAAUAGACGCAGCUAAACGAAGACAGCUUCCCGCCUGGAUUAGAGAAGGAUUAGAGAAAAUGGAACGCGAGAAACAGAAGGCGAUAGAGCGUGAACAAGAGCUGAAGUUACGGGAACAAGCAGAGAAGGAGAAGAAACGAUUAGAAGAAGAAGAAUUAGAAAGAAUGAAAGCCGAGGCUGGGGGCCAGCCUGUAUUGCCGCCUAAGAGCAAAUUCGAAUCGGAUUCAGAAGGAGAAGAACCAACGAAGGAAGAACCACCAUCAUCAAGCCCUGUGAAGGAGGAGGUCGUUGAGGAACUUCCACCAGUUCCUGAGGAGAAAGAGGAGCCUCCUCCUCUCAUCAAGAGGAGUAAAGAGGAGAUCAUGCAAGAAGUGAUGCUUGCAGUCCGUCGUUCCCUCACAGAGAUCCUCCUGGAGGUGACGGACCAGGAGAUCCAAACGGUGAGCCAAGAAGAAUUGGCCAGAUAUAACGCGCUACAAGCGUCGCGCCUCAACGCCAUGAAGGCGAGCAAGUCGAAGGCAUUGGCCGCUAUCGCCAGUGGGCUCGGGCUGGGCGCGUACGAGAGCAGCAGCGACGACAGCGACGAAGAGGAACAAAACGACCUGUCUGAUCAACAGCUGCAGGACAUCAUAAAGCGCAAGAGGUUGGACUUCGAGCGCACUUCGCGGGAGAUCGAAGCAGAAGUGCGGCGCGCUGAAGCGAGGGAAGCCACCGAGGAUGUCUCCACGCCCAACAACGUCACGCCUGAACGACCACAUCGAUCACGAUCGUCAGCAACACCACCACCAGAAAGCGAAACUCCGGACAAAUUACCCGAACGCCGACCUUCCAGGGAUAAAAGAAGCACUCAUAAGUCCGACAAGGUUGAUGGAGUCAGAAAGCUAGAUACAAUUUUAGAGGAGAAAGUUAAGAAAUCGAGUAAAAGGGACCGCACUCCAAGUCCUUAUUCCAAAACUCCCAGUAAACCCAACAACAAAGAAAGUUCCUCCUCAACCAGCGAUUCUGAAGACGAUUCCUCAUCCAGUUCGAGCGAAUCAUCGUCAGAGACAGAACAAGACGUCGUUCAAACAAAGGCCAAAAAACGCAAGCGCAGAGGGUCCAGUUCCAGUGGAUCUCGCAGAAAAUCAAAAAAAGAAAAACAUAGAAAGGAAAAGUCUCAUAAAUCUAGCGACAGAAGCUACUCCAAAUCAAAAUACUACGAUGACUACGAAAGAUCUGACAAGCUUAGGUCAAAGAAAAAAGAUGACUACUACGACAGGCAUAAAUCCUCUAGGAGUAGGGACUACGACAAACACAAGUAUAGGGACGACUCCGAAGAGGAUCGUCCGAGGAAACGUACGAAACGAUCGCGAUCUAUAAGCUACGAAUCACGCUCGGGACGCAAGAAGUCAUCGCGGGACAGAUCGGAAGAGCGUUCGCGCAAGAGGGACAAGAGGUCUUACGAUAGGGACAGCUCCAAACGCGACCGGUCUUACGACAGGUCGGGCCGAGACUACGACAAAUACGAUAGGUAUGAGCGGUCUAGGGACUACGACCGGCGUCGAUCCCGCAGCGGCAGUCACUCCCGCCACCGCCGGUGAACAUCAGGUUACACAUCGAACAGGUUGUACUUCUAUCUAUUUCGUUAUCUUGUGUGUUCAAAAAAUAAACAUAAAUAUUCUGUUCAUUAUGAAUAACAAUAUGAAAAGUUAAGUGCUCCAAAAUAAUUAUAAUGCAAUUAGUUUUUAAGCAUAUAUAAUUUUAUGUAUAUACUGAUUCUAAUUUUAUUGUUACUAAAAAUAACAAGUCUACCUCGACCUCUUUAUCUAACAUUGUUGAUGGAAAAUAGGAUGAUGUCAGAAAUGUUUUUAUUCUAUUUAUUUUAAUUUUUGAAUGACUGAUCACUUUCAAAAAUGUUCAAACUGUUCCAAUAUAAACAAGCCAAGGCUACAUGUUGUUUGAACUAUUAUGAUAUCGGUUAAUCGGACUUGCACGCGUAUAGGGAAGUAUUUAAAAAACACACAUUUAAAUUAAUUAAUAUGCAAUUCAAAGUACAAACAGUUCAGUCCAAAGUGAUUAAGCAUAACAAUCAAAAUAAAUCACGAUGUUGCAAUCAUUUACAGUCACAACAUUGUGUACUUACUACACUGAUACUUAUGUAAUUUUUAUAUCUGUUGGUUUAAUCGUGUCAUAGAUAACAAUGUAAAUUUGAUACGUCCGAAGUUCGAGUAAGAGAGAGCAUCCGCGUGUUAUCGCUAGAUAACGUCGUCUGAAUGUUUUUGAACGGAAUGAUCAAGUACCAAAUGCAUUUCUGGCAUCAAGAAAGCUAAGGCUGUGAUAUAUUAUUUUUAUUUUUCUCUUGCAGGUGGGAGCAAUCAUUAGUGCGUGCAAGAUGUAAAUAUUAGCCCCUUGUGUAUAGUAUUUUAGUGUGCACUAUUAUUCGCGUAUUAUUUUAAUAAAUACCUAAUUCACUCUUA